AUGGCUGCACAUUUGAUCACGGACAAACGCCUUUUGACUCACUAUUGCAGCAAGCUGGACACUAUCAUCUCAAGAUUCAAGGGAGAGGAACUUGAGACCCUUAACGUAGCCGCAGCGCAAGGAGAAUCAGCUUCUCAAUACACAAGGGAAAGUCUCCAGCGACUCAGCGAAGCAAUAGGAGCUUUAGAUGCAGUGACGCACAACAUCAAACAAACAAUGACGGACUAUGCUACCAAAUUUACGGAGCUGGACUACCCGACGGAAAAGGACAAACAAGACUUUGAGGAAUACUCAGCAAAAGCGGAAAAAGCGCUCAUUUCGGCCACGGAUUACUCACUAGUGCUGAAGGCAAGGGUUCACGCUUUCACUGUGGUUAAAGCAGAGCCAGAGCACAACCAACACAGUGGAUCAGUCCAGGUACCAACGCCAUCACAGCCUCCGCAUGAAAGGUUGGAUCUUCCCACACUUCCCGUACCUAUAUUUCAAGGAAACAUAUGGGAGUGGGACAAUUUCUGGGAACUGUUCAACGAGAAUGUCCAUUCAAGAAAUAUACCGGAGUUGUGCAAAUUCAAUUAUUUACUGCAACCUCUUCGAGGGGAUGCUCUCGCACUAAUCAAGAAGUUCCAAGUCGCCAAAGGAAAUUAUUCGAAAGCCAUCGAGUUUCUUCAACACAAGUACGGUGAUCGCGACGAACUCGUCACGCAUCUUAUUGAAAAACUCGGGAAGUGCCACCUGCACUCGGCAUCCAUUCGUGACCAGCGAACACUCUUCGAGCAGCUGCAAGUCAUCAUCAUGCAGCUGCGACAGAAAGAAGUACAAGUGGACAACCAGUGGAUGUACCAGCAAGUUCUGACGAAAUUCCCGGAUACGGUACAGCGCAAAGUACUAGUACGCAAACAAGCCGCAAAGAACUCUGGAGUCAGCUUCAACCUCGACCUGCUUAUACAGUAUCUUGAGGAAGAAAUCUCCACAGACGAAAUGCUUGCGGUAUACAUGAAGAACACCAAGCCGGACCCAACACCUACUAAGCCGGAGAAAAGACGAUGUGACCGAACAAAAACGUACUUAGGGACUUGCAUGUAUUGUGAAGGAAGCCACAAGUCAGCCGAUUGCAAAAGAUACAGUACUCCACAAGAACGCUCCAACUACCUACGCGAGAACAAGCUCUGUCUCAUAUGCGCCUCAGCACAGCAUUCAACUGCUAAUUGCAAGAAGAGAAUGUGCUUCAGGUGCGGAGGACCACACCACACAUCAUGCUGUUUCAGAGGUGACACUACGGCAGACCAAGGAGCGUCAAGGAAGACAAGUCCACCGUUGAGCGAAGGGAAAAAACCCAAAGCCCGAGAUACGGAACGAAACCCAACGCAUAAAGAAGCAAGAAAGAUAAACGCCCUCCAUGAAGACAACUCCGAAACUGAAGCUGUGUCUGCACUGGAUCUGCAACCAGUACACAAAACUAGAAGGUUGAGCAGAACUUUCCUUCCUGCAGGAAUACUUACAGUGAUGAAUCCUACUACGAAGGCGCUGAAAAAAGUUGGAGUGCUUUUGGACAGCGGAGCAGAGGUGUCUUUCAUUGAAAGCUCUUUGGCGAAUGAACUGGAACUUCCCACAAUCGAGACUACAAGGCUCCCGAUUCACACCUUUGGCACAGAAGAAGUGAAGGAAAAUCUAUGCAGGCGCGUGCUCCUCCAAGGAUGGGACUCAGAAGGACACACUCUUGAUCUGAAGCUCUUCACCCAUGAUGUACUGACCGCGCCACUAGACCGUGCUCCCUACAGAAAAGAAGACCUAGAUUACAUGAAAGAGCAGAACAUUCUGAUGACAGAUUGGCAGAACAACACUACAAUACAACCACGAAUUUUAUUAGGUUGCGAUCAGUUGUGGCCAUUGAUCAAGGAGAAUCAGCCAAGUGUCUGCCUGCCAUCAGGACUUUACCUACUUUCUACUCGUCUAGGGAACUUGAUCACAGGCAUUAUCACAAAGCCCCAAGAAAAGUUACUUCAGAAAGACGAGACGGCAAAGUGGGAAGCUGCGUGCACAAUGGAUGGCAAAAUCAGUAUACUAACGGUGCAGACGCCUAUAAUACAAGCAGGCGAGGACGAAGACUCCUUUGAGAAGUAUCUCGUCAUGGAGUUCGCAGGAACGGAGGAAUUCAUGAGCUCUGAAAAAGUAGCGCAGGAAAAAAUCGAUCAGCAGGUUUGGAACCAAUUCAAAGAAACCAUCGAAAAAAGAGAAGAUGGUUACUACGUGCGCUUACCAUGGAAGUCAAUACCAUUUGAGCUCCCGGACAACAAGGCCAUCGCACUGCGAAGACUAGAAAGCGUUUGGAACACUUUGCGGAAGGACGAAAAACUGCUGGAACAGUACAACGAAGUCUUCGAAGAACAACUCAAAGCAAACAUACUGGAAGAAAUACUAGAAGACUCCGUCGCUUUGGGAGAACACAUUCAUUAUGUCCCCCACCAGGCAGUGAUUACCCCGCAAAAAACGACUACAAAACUGCGGAUCGUGUUCGAUGCUUCAGCGCAUUACAAAGCCUCACCUUCGCUGAACGACGUGUUACACAGAGGGCCAGUCAUACUUCCACAACUCUAUGGCCUCCUGUUACGUUUCCGAAUAGGAAAAAUCGCAAUAAUUUCGGACGUGGAAAAGGCAUUUCUACAAGACGGUCGAAUAUUGCCAAAGCAAAGAAGACUCGGCUGUGCUAUCCUUAUUGCAGCGACGCACAUGGCAGCAAACAAGGCGCAUUGUAGCCUGGAUCCUCCGUUUCGUCAGGAAUGUCGCAGGCCAGGCAAGUGCCAACAACCAGUCACCCAUAUCACUAUCUAUGCUACUUUCCGCACCGAAUAA